CUCAGCCCGGCCUUAGCGGCGGCGGCGCGGCCUCCGCUCACAGCGCGGCCCGGCAGCAUGGCGGCGGCGGCGGCGGAGCGCGGCCGCGAUGGCAGCUGCCACUUCCAGCGCUCCCGGCUCAUCUGGAUGGUCGCCAUCAUCUUCGGCAUGGUCCUCCUCGGCUGGGUAACACUUUGGCCUUCAACUAUACCUUAUAGUUACUUGGGAUUAUUUGGUACCUUCCUUAAUUAUUUAGUGGAACACCACCACAAAUGGGUAUGCUACGGGUUCUGGAUAUCCUGGUUGAUUCACAUAGUGGAAGCCCUCUACGGUAUUAAGUUAUGCCAAGCUAAAGGAAUCACUGACCCAGCUGUUCAGUUUCAGUGGUUUGUUCAGACCCUUUUAUUUGGAUAUGCUUCCUUCGGUCUCCUGGUGUCUUACAAGCCUGCAGACAAGAAGCAGUACUAGAAGACAAUGCAAGAGGUCACCUCUCACAUACUUCAUCUCAUUUUUCUGCAAAAGACCCCACAUACAUAUCUAGGUGCUGUAAUUAGCUAAAUUACAUUCCUGCUGCAUGAUGCAGUGCCCUUCUACUCAAGCAGCUCUCCUCUUACUAAGCAACACAAUUAAAAUUCACAGGGCCCUGUGGAUAGUUCAGUAGAAAAUCAACUCUUCAGUCUUGGCACUGCCAAAUUUUAAUCCUGCUUGUUAUGCAAGAAGCCAAAAGUUGCUCCUCUGCAGAUUUUGUCAUGUAUACUCUGUCACUGACAGCUGGUAGCAGUGUUUGAUAAAUUACCUUCUCGCGAGGAGAAUUGUUCUUCUACAACAGGGAGGGUUAUUGACAGCCACAAGGCAGCUUGCACCUGUUUUGUACUAGGAUUUAAAUUUACCUAUAUUUUCUCUAUGGGACUGACAUUGUUGUUAAAGCCUGCUCUUUGCACUUAGUUUUGUCUGCUGAUUUUGUUCCACAGAGGACAGACCACUGUACUGCUGCAGGCACAUUGAAAAGACCAGGUCUUAGCUCAGGCUGAGGGACGGCGAGCUUGGAUACAUGAAGCACUUUAACUUGGUUUAAUACAAGUGCCUUAAAAUUCAUGCAGCAUGACCUCAUCUUUGUAAUGAAGAUUUUAAGUUAUGAGUUAUUAUCAUAUAAAGUAGCAUUGAGGGCAGCUUUUUUGAGAAGUGAUUUAUUAUCUGAAGAAAAAAAAAUUGAUCAAAAAUAUAGCUGAAAAGUUGAUACUUGGUAAUGAAAUUAGAUGCAGUGAAUAAACAUAUACCACUGGUUCCCAGAUGCUGGUCUGCAAAACCUAAGGUUGAGAGACCAUCAAAAGCACACCUCAAAAGUAUUUCCUGUAUGUGUAGUGAGUCUUCCAUCAGAUUGUCUUUUACUUUUGAAUAUUUGAACAAGAAUUUAGCCUGUGUAGUUUUAGCACUUUUAAAAGGAAUAACUAUUUAAAGUACUAACCUUGGUGUGGGGAGAAGUUUUACCAUGCCACUUGCCAUGAGACUGUUCUGGAAGAAAGGUAAAAAAAGGUUGUUUUUUUACCCUCUAAGAGCUCCACAAGGUGGUAACAAGUAACUUUGUGCAGUACCUACAGGCUGUAAUACUUCUAUGUGGGAAGCCUUAUUCAAGCCCAGAUAGAUCAAGUUUUUGCUUUCAGUGGGUACUAAAAGCAUGGAGAACUGAAGGGUUUGAAAUGGUGGUUUGUUUGUCAUUUGGGUGUUGUUGUUGUUGUCUAAUGGCAAACUGUUUAACUUAAAUAUUUUGUAGAGAAGUAGAAACUCAUUUAGUGACUAGAAAUCCAACAGGAAUGUCAAGAGCCUGAGCUACUGUUUUACUGUGUAACCUUUUGUCUUAGUCUGUGACUCUGGAAUAAAGAUUUUAAAAAAGUGAAGAA